AUGAAUGACAUUGCACAGAAAACUGAGAUUCUGCUUUCUUCAUCUAAACCCGUCCAAAAGUCCUAUGUGCCCAAGCUUCACAAGGGGGAUGUAAAGGAUAAAUUUGAAGCUAUGCAGAAAGCAAGGGAAGAAAGAAAUCAAAGGAGAUCUAGAGAUGAAAAGCAAAGAAGAAAAGAACAAUAUAUUAGAGAGAGAGAAUGGAACAGGAGAAAGCAGGAGAUGAAGGAACUGCUUGGAUCUGAUGAAGAUGAUGACACAAAAUCUAAAAUUGAAAAAGGCUAUGUUCCAAAGCUGAUAGGAACUGUUAAAGGCAAGUUUGCAGAAAUGGAGAAGCAAAGGCAAGAAGAAGAAAGAAAAAGAAUGGAAGAAGAAAGAAAGCGCAGAAUUGAACAAGAUAUGAUUGAGAAAAGAAAAAUUCAAAGAGAAUUAGCAAAAAAGGCCCAGGAGAUUGAUGACUUUAACAAUACGGGAACUGAAUCAGCAGCUGAGGAAGGGGAUGAUUCGCUACUAGUUACAGUAGUGCCUGUAAAACCCACCAAAACACCUGGGAAGAUGAAAAUAAACUUUGAGAACACAGGAAAGGAGAGAGCAGAACAGACAGAGAGACAGGAUGAAGAAAUGAAGCUAAAAUAUGACGAACAAACCCCAUCUCUUAAGGAAACCAAGUGCCUUUCAUUUGUCAUGGGUGAAAAUGAAGACAACAAAACUCCAGAGUCUCUGUCUCCUGGUAAGCUGAAAGUGACAUUUGAAGAACUUGAAAGACAAAGACAGGAAAAUCAAAGGCGGCAAGCAGAGGAAGAAGCAAGACAGCGUUUAGAAGAGGAAAGACGUGCCUUUGAAGAAGCUAGGCAGCGAAUGAUAAACGAAGGUGAUGAUGAAGAAUCUGAAAAUUCCAUUAAAGAAUUCCGUCCUAGUAAACUCAGACUCAGUUUUGAGGAGAUAGAAAGACAGAGGAGAGAAGAGGAAAAGAGGAAAGCAGAAGAAGAUGCAAGACGACGCAUUGAAGAAGAAAAAAGAGCAUUUGCUGAAGCAAGGAAGAACAUGGUGCUGGAUGAUGAAUCGCCAGAAUUGUUUAAAACAUUUUCUCAAGAAUCUCUUGUACCUGGUAAACUGGAAAUUAAUUUUGAGGAGUUGCUGAGACAAAAAAUGGAAGAAGAAAAGAGACGCACAGAAGAAGAGCGUAGGCAAAAGUUGGAAAUGGAGAAGCAAGAAUUUCAACAGUUAAGACAAGAAAUGGGAGAGCUGGAAGAAGAAUGUGAAACUUUCGAGCUAAGCAAAGAGUAUGAAGAAUUAAUAAAGCUAAAAAGAAGUGGUUCUAUUCAGGCAAAGAACUUAAAAAGCAAAUUUGAAAAAAUAGGACAGUUGUCUCAAGAAGAAAUACAGAAGAAGAUUGAAGAAGAGCGAGCCAAGAGAAGGGCAAUGGAUGAAGAAAUAAGAGAAAGAGAAGCUGAAAAAUUUCAAGAGGAUGAUGAGGUAGAUGUGAGACCAGCCAAGAAAUCUGAGGCUCCAUUUACUCAUAAAGUAAACAUGAAGGCCCGUUUUGAGCAAAUGGCAAAAGCCAGGGAAGAAGAGGAGCAGAGGAGAAUUGAAGAACAGAAGUUACUACGUAUGCAGUUUGAACAAAAAGAAAUUGAUGCAGCAUUACAGAAGAAAAGAGAAGAGGAAGAAGAGGAGGAGGGAAGCAUUAUUAAUGGUUCUACUUGCGAAGAUGAGGAGGAUCAAGCUCGAUCUGGAGCUCCCUGGUUCAAGAAGUCACUGAAAAACACAUCAGUUGUUGAUGGCGAGCCAGUGAGAUUUACAGUUAAAAUUACUGGAGAACCAAAACCUGAAGUUACAUGGUGGUUUGAGGGAGAAAUGUUGCAGGACUCUGAGGACUAUCAGUAUAUUGAAAGAGGAGAAACCUAUUGCCUUUACUUGCCAGAAACCUUCCCAGAAGAUGAAGGGGAAUAUAUGUGUAAAGCAGUCAACAACAGAGGCACAUCUGCUAGCACUUGUAUUCUCACCAUCGAAAGUAAGAGUUAGCAUUUUCAUCUGCUUCAUUCUCAUCCUUCUUGCACCUUUCCUAUUAUGAAAUCUAAUUAUCUGUUUCUCUUACCCUUUUAUUUUCUAGCUGACGACUACUAAUGCUCUACUUUAGCUGGAAUCUUUCUUCCCCUCAAAACUUUCUUACUGCAUCAUCUCUUUCUCUGAUGGGGCCAACUAAAGAAAGCAAGGAUAUGCAUUGUCAUUCCUGCAUCAGAUAAGAAUAACCUUCAGUUGUGAGAGUGUCCAGGUUCCUUGCUCAGUACAGAAAUUGGUAUUAAAGUCUAAAAAGAAGGAAUCAGUGUAUGAAGGAUCAACUAAAGAAAAAAGCCAAAUUAUAAUAGUGUUCCCACAUUUGAAGACCAACUGUUGUGUAAUAGUAUAAAGCUAAAUACACAAUCUGGAAACUUGUGUAGUAGUGUAAAUCUAUUGGUAUAUUUUGCAUGACCACUGAAUAUUUAAGCUGUUCUUUAUCUCAGAAGCAUUGAACUGGCCAAAGGAAAUACUUAUUGAUGAUUUUCAAAAACUCCAGUGUACUAUUUUUAAAGAAUAAAAGAUUAC